AGCAGACAACAGGAUUCUUGAAAAGGGUGUUGUUGAACGUUUUCUUGACUUUUAUAGAUCAGGUGAACUCUUUGCAAAUAAUUUUUCUGAAGUAAGGUCAGCCUACAUGAGACGUUUAUUUGUCACAAUUUAAAUCGUGUUCUGAUAUUUAAUUAGAUGUUUGAUUGCUCUGGUAUAAUCUAUCUGAACGCUAUGACUGUUGCCUACACAUUUCUUUUCAUGUGAAGAAACAGUAGCUUCCUUGAUGGAUUUGGACAGAGCUAGCUCGUCCCCCUCCACCCUGCCGGAGUGCCCGGGUUGUAACUCUCCCAGUAGCGCCUUACUGCUAAAUCUGAAGAGGGUGUCUGUGCGGCUGGUCGACUGCAGGAAAACACAAGGGAAGAGUGGAACUUCGAGAGGGGGACACGAGAAGGAGGGAGAUGGAGAUUUGAUUUCAUCAAGUAAGAACAAUGGGGAAACCCCUAACCGUCGUUCUCUCAGUGGGGGGCACUUAUCAUCUGGGGAGCCUCAACAACAUCAUGAUGCUGACGAGACAGAGAAUAAUCUCAAGAAACUCCAGCAGAGACGUACAGGGAAUAAACCUCACCACUACUGCUCUGACUUUGGGAAGAGGUUCACUACACAAAGGUCCUUAAUUCUCCAGCGGAGUCACACCGGAGGGAAACCAUACUGCUGCCCUCAAUGUGGGAACUCUUUUGCUGCAUCUAACACCUUAAAAUAUCAUCUAAGAAUCCACACAGGAGAGAAACCGUACUACUGCUCUCAGUGUGGAAAGAGGUUUGCUGCAUCUAACACUUUAAAAUCUCAUCUGAGAAUCCAUACAGGAGAGAAACCGUAUAGCUGCUCUCAGUGUGGGAAGAGUUUCACGUGUCCAGGGGGUCUUAAAGUACACAGAAGAAGCCAUACAGGAGAGAAACCUUACAGAUGCUCACAGUGUGGGAAGAGUUUCACUGCUUCUCACACCUUAAAAUUUCAUCUGAGAAUUCAUACAGGGGAGAAGCCAUACCCCUGCCUUGAUUGUGGGAAAGGUUUUGUUAGUGCAGGAGCCCUAACCAUACACCAGCGUAUACACACUGGAGAGAAGCCUUAUAGCUGUCAUCAGUGUGGAAAGAGCUUUUCUGUUUCAGAAAAACUAACUACACACCAGCGCAUACACAGUGGAGAGAAACCUUAUAGCUGUGAUCAGUGUGGGAAAUGCUUUGCUCGGUCAGGAGAGCUGACUACACACCAGAUAACACACACUGGAGUGAAGCCUUAUAGCUGUGAUCAGUGUGGGAAGAGCUUUGCUCUAGCUUCCACCCUGACUACACACCAGCGAACACACACAGGAGAAAAACCUUACAGCUGUUAUCAUUGUGGGAAGAGCUGUGCUCGAGCUUCCUCCCUGACUAGACACCAUCGAACACACACUGGAGAGAGAACUUAUGUUUGUCUAUGUGGAAAGAGCUUUUCUCUAGCUUCCACCCUGAAUAGACACCAGCGAACACACACUGGAGAGAAGCCUUACAGCUGUGAUCAGUGUGGGAAGAGCUUUGCUCGAGCUUCCUCCCUGAAUAGACACCAGCGAACACACACUGGAGAGAAGCCUUACAACUGUGAUCAGUGUGGGAAGAGCUUUGCUCUAUCAGAACACCUGAAUAGACACCUGCGAACACACACAGGAGAGAAGCCUUAUAGCUGUGAUCAGUGUGGGAAGAGCUUUGCUCUAACUGACAGCCUGACUACACACCAGCGAAUACACACUGGAGAGAAGCCUUAUAGCUGUGAUCAGUGUGGGAAGAGAUUCAGUCAAUCAGGGACACUGAAUUCACACCAGCGAACACACACUGGAGAGAAACCUUAUGUCUGUCUUUGUGGAAAGAGCUUUUCUCAUUUAGGGCCAAUGAAAAAACACCAGAAAGCAACAAUGUGCCAUAUUUCAUCUCCCUCCUAUCCAGUUCCAGAUCCCUAAAUAUAUGUGAAAUAGAAAACAUCUAGUCAACAGUCAUAUCCAUCUACCAUUCUUAAACAGUUGACUUAGUCUGAUCACCAUGGUAACCUCUGGAGCAUAAUAUGCAGCUCUGAUCUAGGAUCAGGUCUCCCCUGUGUCUAUGUAAUAUCACACAUUGUGUUUUUAAAUGGAUCAUUGUCAUCAUAGAAGAUGUCAUAAUGAACCUGUGUGUGGGAGGGUGGGGGUUGAUCAUUGUAUUCUUUCAUAUACUCAUAAUACUAUUAUUAUUAUUAUUAUUAUUAUUAUUAAAUCAAGUGGCGCAGUGGUCUAAGACCAUCUCAGUCUUCAACCACAAGGCAUCACUACGGACAACCUGGUUCAAAUCCAUACUGUACUCUGUUCACCCAUGACUGAGUGGCUGUGCAUGACUCCAACACCAUCAUUAAGUUUACAGAUGACACAAGGGUGGUAGAGCUUUUCUUUUCUCUCGACAGCCUAUAGGGAAGAGGUCAGAGACCUGGCAGUGUGAUGCCAAGACAACAACCACUCCCUCAACGUGGCCAAGACAAAGAAGUUUAUUGUGGGCUACAGGAAACUGAGGGCCGAACGCAUUAACGGGGCUGUAGUGGAGCGGGUCGAAAGCUUCAAGUUCCUCAGUCGUGAAGAGGGCACAACAACGCCUCUUACCCCUCAGGAGGCUGAAAAGAUUUGUCACGGGCCCUCAGAUCCUCAAAGUUGUACAGCUGCUCCAUUGAGA